CCUUUUCUCCUGUGCUGCGUUGGUUUUGCUUGAAAGCCUUCGAGCUUCCGAGGUUUUGAUGAUUGAAUCGUCGGGCUUCCCGGCCGCUCAAGCAUGCUGGAGCCGCCCUAUGCUCCCUCCUCUGAUGACCCUUCCGGAUCAGACGACCCUUGGCUCUAUCUUGUAGAUCUUGAGAGGUGCUCACUGAUUUUUCAGAUCUGGUCACUGCCGGACUGGCUCUCUACUGCGACGUCUUGGAGAUCUCACACCAUCCUCUCUGGAGUAGAUCGAAGGGUGUCUCAUGGCUGGAUCGGUCAACCUUAGUUUGCUCGAGUGACUUCACCUUCCUUCCUCCUAUGCAUUGGGCCUACUCUGCUUUACUUCUCUAGUUUGUUCUUUUCUUUGUCUGUUACCCUUAUCUUUUUGGAUAAAGUCUGGAUGUAGAU